AUUUUUUUAUUUGCAUCUCGCUGUGCAUGGGGUAGGUAGAUUAAAGUUUAUGGGAUAUAUUAGUAUUCGCGUUUUAUAUUUAAGUCUUGGGUAACUAGAUUUGGUGCAUAGGGUUCUUUUUUUUAGUUUUAGAUUAACACUUUCUAAUUCAUCGGCGCAGCUACCGGUAAUUCGAACAUUUUCUAAUUGAUGCAGGGUCCCCCGAUGGCUGACUUCAGGGGACGAAGCAGAUCGCUCUUACCGUGAUGCCCUCUGAAGUUAGCAUUCGAGCGACCCUCCGAAUAAUCGUGACCUAGUACUGUGCAGGAGGAAUUCAAAUCGACUUCCUGUUGGCGGGCGCCAGCAUAGGGCAGCAGCUAUCGGGGUCAUAACACCUUAGAUGUUGCAGCGCCCUCAUAACGCAGGCAGCAUCCUCAAAGCUGUAUAAAUAUAUAUGGCGGCGUUCAUUUUCCUUUUAUAUCUAUGCUCUUCCCUCCGAAUGUAUAAUAAACACUCAAAAUAACAAAAUGGCUUAUAGCAACUUUUUGCUUGUCAAAAAUACCGAGAAAUGUUUAUAAAUUUUCUAAAUCUCAUUCAUGGCUCAUUCAUGGCUCUUCGUUAAAAGUUCAACUGAAUACACGAUUUCGUUCUUCGUUUAUAAUUAGAAGGUCGAUCAACAAAACAAGAAUACUUACUCAAUAUACUUAAAACAAUGCUAAUAAUUUAAAAUUCUUUUGUUGAGUUAGCAAAGGUUUUUCUUAAUAAAUACGUGGCAACACGAUAAAUUAUUACCCUGCCAAACUCAGAAGUUAUAAAAUUGAUCUUUAUUCUAGUAUUAUUUAUCGUAUACAAACAUUAAAAAUGAAUAAUCGCAGACGAACAAAUAACUUUACUUAUGUAAGCUCUUGUGUAAAGUAUAUGAUUUUUAUGCUUAACUUUAUUUUCUGGCUAUUCGGAGGCUUGCUUAUAGGAGUUGGACUUUAUGCUUUUGUGGAUAAAUGGCAAAUGACUGGAUCUGUUCGAGUAGAAAAUGUAUAUGACAUAGUAUUGAAUAUUUCUCUUGUAAUGAUUAUAGCAGGAGCUGUAGUUUUUAUAGUUAGUUUUGCUGGGUGUGUUGGUGCAUUAAGAGAAAAUACAUGUUUGCUCAAAUUUUAUUCUCUGUGUCUACUGAUUUUCUUCUUAUUAGAAAUGGGUGUAGCAAUAGUUGGCUUUGUCUUUCCACAUACUUUACAAUCAUUAUUAGAAGAGUCAUUUACAGAUAAAAUAAUACAAACAUAUCGUGAAGAUCCAGAUUUGCAAAACUUUAUUGAUUUUGGCCAAAAAGAGUUUAAAUGUUGUGGCUUGAGUCAAAUAGGUUAUCUGGAUUGGGGUAAAAAUGAAUAUUUCAAUUGCUCUAGUCCUAGUAGCGAAGGGUGCGGUGUUCCCUUUUCUUGUUGCAUAAAUGAUACAAAUAUUGCUAGUAGAUUAGUAAAUAAUAUGUGCGGCAAUGGAGUGCAGAAAACACCAGUAUCAGAAGCAAGCAAAAAAGUAUGGACAAGUGGUUGUAUUGAAAUUGUUAGAGCCUGGGCAGAGCGUAACCUCUACACAAUUGCAGGCAUUGCAUUAGGCAUUGCCUUGAGUCAACUAUUUGUUAUUUAUCUUGCAAAGACUUUAGAAGGGCAAAUCGAAUUGCAAAAAUCGCGCUGGCAUUCCUGAGCUUGACCUCAGGCCACCUACCGCUAUCAAAUCUCUUGCUCUACAAGCCGGAAGGUGGCAAACACUCGAAAUAUACGAGGCCAGGAGGUAGAAGCUAGUGUCAAUGCUCGAAUGGCCUUGCUUGUCCUCUUUGCAAUUUCUAUAUAUAUUCUUUGCAUUCUAUCACUGAUCAGGCUUGUUCUCUAUUUUAAAAACUAUUUUCACCUAUACCUAACAAAAGGUUGACUUGUCAACCAAACAAGCACUGGUUUCAUUCAAAUGAUGACUUGUAUUAGAUUUUGAUUAUUAAGAGCAUUACAAGAAAAAUACUUUUAAAAUAUGCAACUCGAGAUUAUACUUUUAGUUUAUUAAUUGUUCUUAUAUUAGGCAUUACAGUAAACAUCUUGAUAGUAAGUAUACACAUAUACUCCCUAAGGUUGCAACAUGCACCUAAUUGUACAUAAAAAUAACAGUAUUUAACCUUGAGGAGAAAACAUUUUCUUUUUGUUUUAAUUUUGAUUAAGUGAUUUUAACAGAUUUCAAGUAAAUGAUUGGCAGUAAUAAACUUGUUUGAAGAUAACCAGUUUCUACAUGAUUUAUUAAAGAUAAAUCAAAAUCUACUUAUUUUUCUUAAAGUCUAUUCACAAAAAUUAUAAUUUUUCUGUGAAUGAGGUCAGUGCAGUAUGAUUUUAUUUCUGUACAAUUUUAUACUGCCAAACUAUUGCAUUAAGCUUUAAUAAUCAAGAUCGUUUUGAAAAUUUGAUCUCCAUUAUAUUUUGAUCAUUAAAUCAAGCUAAAUCUCAUUUUUUUAAAUGAAAACCAUACAAUUAUAAUUUAUAAAAAGUAAAAUACUUUAAAAAUGCUAAGAACUAAAAAUAAUUAAUUAAUAUUGCCAUAUUUAUUGUAAACUUUGUUCGAUACAAAGAAAAACAGUAUCUUUGAAAUAUUAAUAAGAAGUAGUUUGAGUCCUUUUUUUAUUUAACAAGUGACAGAAGAUUUGUAUUUCAUGUAUACAAUGAAUGUGACUAUUGCACAGUAAUAAUGAGAAAACGCACACGUUUGAAAAAAGAAAUGCAUUUAGCCAUGGUCUCUUAUUUUAUAAUGAUUUUAACUAAAUCGUCUUAUGAUAAUUAUUAUAAGCAUAUUAAUUUGCUUAUAUGUUUAAAGCAAUUGAGAAUUUUAUAGGCAGAAUCUUCAUUGAUGGAUGUCUAGUGCCAAAACAACCAAAUAAAUUUACUUUUUAGUUUAAAAAAUUAGACAAUCAUUUUUUACACUGUUAUCUAGUAAAAAUAAAUUUUCUUCUGCUGAUACUACAAUAUAUUGAUAAGCGGAUAUUUUGUAAUUUUCAUUGAUUGAAUCUAUAAAUUUAUACAUGCAGCAAAACAAAAUUUAAGCAUUAAUGUGUUUAUACCAUAAAGUAAGUCGUGGAAUAAUUUAGGAUUGAACUUUUCAAAUAUUGUUUUAAUAAAAUCUUAAUACAAAAUAUGUGCAUCUAUUAUUUAUAUAAAGAAAAAUCAACUCUGUCAUUUGUCGAGUAUUCUAAAAUAAUGUCUUGACCAUCCACUAAAAUGCCAAUUCUAAAUAAUUCAGAUAAAAUUAUAUCCAUUUGAUUUGUUACAAUGUUUCCAUUCAGAUAAUGAAACAUUCGCAGUUUCUGGACAUUUGCUAGAUUGUUGGAAUUUGGAAUAUUUAACGAGUCCGAUAUAGAAUCAAUCACCUUGCCAAUGCUCCAAUUAACAGAAACAUAAGCACCUCUAGAACCAUCAAAGAUUUUAGAUCCAUUAUUAAUUGGUGGAUGCACAGAAAAAUAGCAACGAUCACCAACUGGAACAAUACUAGGCCCAACUGAUUUAUUUUUCAAUUUCAUUAACUGUACCUAAAAAUAAAAAUUUACCAUUUAAAUUAAAUGUA